AAAGUUAAAAGGUUUAGGUUUUAUCUACCAAAAGUAUUUUCUGUGUUUUCAUUUUCAUUUUUCAGCUACUCGUGGCAAAUCCAAAGUACCUACUAAAUUAAUAAAAUUUUCAAUUAGACCGUCCCCCAAAAAAUAGCUAAAAUGAAGCAGUUCGGCCUAUUUAAAAAUGUGAUAUGUUUCUCAAUUAUGUCGGUUUAUUGCUUAAUGGAACUGCCUUAUUCCCUGGAAGACAAUCUUUGGGAUCCUGGUCGACCAUCUAAACUAGAAAUCGCUGUUCGGGAGAAAUUAACCGAGCAACUUCAGCCUGAACAUUUGGAAAUCAUAGACAAGUCGAGUUUCGAAUGCGGUGCCAUAUUCGAUGCAGUGAUCGUGUCGGCGAAAUUCGAAGGCCUUAGUAUUCUCAAGCAGCAAAAAUUAGUUUUCGAUGUUUUGAAAGAAGAAAUGAAAAACAUUCACGCAUUCUCUAUGAAAACAAUGACACCGGCCGAAUACAAAGAAUCUGUAGCUUCCUCCAGUACCUUAGCGUCUUGAAAAAGUUCCUAGUUUUCCGCGUGUCGAACAAUAAUUUUGUCUAGUUCAUUUUUUAUCUAAUAAUAUAAAUUUUACACGAUACGCGUAAAAAAUGUCUCGUUCUUUGAAAUUCUCGGUCAGUGCUCCGGGUAAAGUGAUUUUAUUCGGUGAACAUAGUGUAUUAUACGCCGAACCUGCUUUAGCCACCGCUAUCGAUAAAAGAACACAUUUGAAGUUCGAAUUAACCGGUAACGAUAUCGUAUUGGAUUUUAAAACCGUAGAUUUAUUUCUACAAAUAUCUAUCGCCGAAGUGAAUACUUUAUUUGCGAAUGUAGCCGCUCAUAAAACCAACGAUGACCAUUCGACCGAAUGUGAUCGAUUUAUUGCGAAUAUAAUUCAACAGAAUAUUAAAAAUUUGAAAGCGUGCGAAUCGUACAGUGCUUCUCAACAGGUUUCUUUGCUCUGCGUUUUCUAUCUGUUAUAUUUUUUGAUUUAUACUAAAAAUAAAGAAAUUAUUCCGUUUAAAAUCGAAAUAAUAUCGGAAUUAGUCACCGGAGCUGGAACUGGUAGCUCGGCCUCGUUUUCUGUCUGUUUAGCUACCGCUUUGAAUCGGUAUUCGGAAUUUAUUUCUGAUACUAAUUUUGGUCAUAAUGUAUUCGAUCUUAACGACGAGCAAAAAUCGAUCGUUAACAAAUGGGCAUUUGCGUGUGAACAGAUGAUUCAUGGAAAAGCAUCGGGCGUUGAUAAUUUCAUUUGUACUUACGGUUCAAUGGUGAAUAUCACGUUUAACGAGCAAUCGAAAGGAAAUUCUAAAGCUGAUUUCAAAUUGUUGCAAGAUGUCGCUCAUUUGAGAGUUUUAUUAGUAAAUUCUGGAGUCAAUAGAAAUACAGCUAUGAUGGUUAAAAAAGUUGCUGAGUUGCAUUCUAGAAAUCCCGAAGUAACAAAAAACAUAUUUAAAGCCAUCGGCGAAAUUACGAGAAGUGCUGCUCAGAUAUUGAAAGAUUUAAAACACAUUGAGGAAGACAGUGACCUUUACAAAGAAAAUUUCAAUAAACUGGAGGAUUUGGUAUCGAUUAACAAUGGACUACUCAUCAGUUUAGGAGUUUCUCACCCGAAGUUGAAUAAAAUUGUCGAAAUUUCCUCGCAAUUCGGUCUAAAAUCCAAACUCACCGGAGCUGGCGGAGGUGGUUAUGCAUUUGUGCUGAUACCUCCACUUUCCCCCAAUCAUCUAGUAAACGAGUGCAAGACAUCUUUAGAAGAAGCUGGAUUUACUGUCACUGAAGCAAUAUUUGGUGAAAAAGGUGUUGAAAUUUAUGAAUAAGUACUAUGUUCAAUUUUGUUUUGAUUAAUUUCAGUUGUGUUGUGAGCUUAAAAAGCGUACCUACAUAAUUUUUGAAAUCAUGAAACCAAAUUUACCAAGGUGCUACCAGUUGUUGAAUUUAGAUAUUAUUUUAUGGGGCUUAUUUAUAGUGAUAUUUUAUUAUUAAGGUGGAUCAAUUCUUUACAUAUCAAAGUUGAGCUUUCAACGUUUUUUUGUUGUUAAGUUUGUAUAUUUGUUGAGAAAUAUUUAUAAAAAAUGUUUAAAUUAUAUAAGAAUAAGAAUAUUAAAAUAUAUUUAUUAAAAAUAUUAUUUCAUAAGUACCUAGUGCUAUACUUAUUCAAUUAUUUCUUUUCAACUGCGAAAGUUUAACUAAAGAUUCAUCUCUCCAAAUUCUUCUAGCGGGUAAUUUAUCCACAGGUGUAAGUUUAACCAACUGUUGAUCAAUGUUUUCGGCCACCGGUCCGGUAAUUUUUGGUAUUGGUUUGAAAGUCUUACUCACAGCGUACAUACUUUCAGCGUAUCUUUCCGUGUAAUUCUUGAAUCCUUCGGCGUUCAAAUGAGCAGUCUCCAGUGGCCCUAGAAACGCGUACCUCAUUCCUAACCCUUCGGUCAUUACUUUAUCUAUAUCUUCGACCGAAACCAAACCGUCUUCGAUUAAAUUAAAGCAUUCGUUUAAUAUAGCGUAUUGAACUCUAUUCAACGCGAAUCCGGGUACUUCUUUUUUCAAAACAAUCGGAGCUUGACCAACUUUCUGCAUUAGGUCACGAGUAGCUUCUGCGACCCAAGACUCGGUCCAAGGUGCUGGAACUAUUUCAACCAAGGGUACGAAGUAAGGCGGAUUUACAGGAUGAGAAACGAUGAAAUUAUUUCUAUGGGUUAAAUCUUCAGAUAGCAGAGAUGGUAGAAACGUAGAUGUAGAAGUCGAUAUGAUCGUCUUGUCGCCAAUCACUUGAUCUAUUUGUUUGUAUAAAUCUUUCUUCAAGUUUAUUCUCUCGGGGAUACAUUCUUGUAAAAAGGAACUUUUUUGCACGAUGGUUUUCAGAUGAUUACAACCGUCGAUUAAUUGGAUUUGUUCGGCGGCUGAUAAUUUACCUCGUAGAGUUUUAUCUGAUUCGAGUUUCAGUAAUUGGGUUUUGAUUUCUUCUAAAGCCGAAUUCACCAGUUUUUCCUCGAUAUCGUAGAUGGUUACUUUGUAA